AUUUUGUUAAAAGGAGAAGAGAAGAAAGUUUUCACAAUAACUGUCUUUCUUCUCUCUGUUAAAACAUUAAAGGGCCCGCCCUUCUUCAGCUUCUCAAAUAUCUCUCUGUCUGAGCCCCACCUUGGAUCUUCCUCUGAUCCCAAAACCCUUAUUUUUAAUUCUCUCUCCAAAACCCAUAUCAAAAUUCUCUUAGAUCCAUUCCCCUGGUCAUUCACUCUCACAGAUCCAGUCUUCUCGAUCCCUUCUUCUUUCCUCUGUGCAGGUAUGUUUUAUUCGUUGAUGCAUAGAUUUAGAGUUGAUCCUGUUCAUCGGAUAUUUUUUGAGGAAUAGAUAUUGUGGGCGUGAUUGCUGGAGAUUAAGUGAGUUGAGAUUUUGGGUUUAUUUUGGUUAAUUGAGAAUGGCAGCUCCUGUGCCUCCAGGGGCACCUAGGCAACAACCACCGCCACCUGAUUAUAACCCUAAUUAUCAGCAGAAUCCCAAUUCAUUAUCUGAUAAUUUGCAAAAUCUGAGCCUUAAUCGGCCCCCUUUGAUGCCCAAUUCAGCUCCCAGGCCAUCACCAUUUCUACCGCCUCCAUUUCCUUCCUCAGCUCCUUCUCCACCAUUGUCCCGCCCAGGCCCACCGCCUCCUGGUGCAUUUCCUAGACCCUCCCUGCCUCCAUCAGGGUCCCCACCACCUACAUUGCCCCCAAAUGGGGGUCCAGCUAGACCAACUGGCCCGCCUUUUAGUCAGCCUUCCCCUUUUGUGUCCAGACCACCUUCUGCAGGCAAUGGUGUGGUUAUGGGCCCUUCCUCUGGGGCACCAUCUCAUGGAUCACUUGCACCACGGCUGGGUGCUCACCCAAGUCCUAUUGCAUCUUCCACUACACCUUCAUCUGUACCCCCUUCAGUCUCAACGGGUGGUUUAGUCAGUAACGGGCCACCUGCACCACCUUUCCUUGGAGGGCCACGGUUUCCUCCAUCUGGCAGUGCACCACAGCAACCACUGAUGGGUCCUCUGACAAUUGGGGGAGCUCGGGUACCUCCUCAAGCACCAAGCAUGCGUCCCUUAAUGGGGAGUUCUGGGAUCAGUGCUCAACAACGGCCUCCAUUUUCAGCAGCACAUCAAGGGACACCAUCAUCUUCAGCACCACUGCAAGGAAUGCCAUCAUUUUCUGCACCACCUCAAGCGAUGUCACCACCUGUAGGUUUUCCUUUUGGACAACAGAUGCAAAACCAGCCAGUGGCUCCAACUCCAAUUCCUGGUUCUGCACAACCUCCCACAAUGUUUGGAAUGCCACCACCCCCACCAUUACCAAAUCAAACGACUGCUAUAUCUCCUGUUGUUGGACAAACAGGAGGUUCUUUGGCAGGAUCAUCAAAGAUUGAUCCCAAUCAAAUUCCACGACCUGUACCAGGUUCCUCUGUUAUCCUGCAUGAUACUCGUCAGGGAAAUCAAGCUAACCCCCCUCCGCCUGCUACAAGUGAUUAUAUUGUUAGAGACACUGGGAAUUGCAGUCCACGCUACAUGAGGUGCACAAUCAAUCAGAUCCCAUGCACUGUUGAUCUUCUGACAACAUCCGGCAUGCAGCUGGCUUUGUUGGUCCAACCUUUGGCCCUUCCUCAUCCAUCUGAAGAGCCUAUCCAGCUUGUGGAUUUUGGAGAAAGUGGUCCUGUUCGCUGUUCUCGUUGCAAAGGCUACAUAAAUCCUUUCAUGAAGUUCAUUGAUCAAGGAAGGCGGUUCAUCUGUAAUUUGUGCGGUUUUACUGAUGAGACUCCCCGUGAUUAUCACUGCAAUCUGGGGCCAGAUGGUAGGCGCAGGGAUGCUGAUGAAAGGCCCGAGCUAUGCAGGGGAACUGUUGAAUUUGUUGCCACGAAAGAGUAUAUGGUGCGUGAUCCGAUGCCAGCGGUGUAUUUCUUCCUUAUUGAUGUAUCCAUGAAUGCAAUACAAACUGGCGCAACUGCUGCAGCUUGCAGUUCAAUCAAUCAAGUUAUUGCUGAUCUUCCAGAAGGACCCAGGACAAUGGUGGGAAUUGCAACAUUUGAUUCUACAAUUCAUUUUUACAAUUUGAAACGUGCAUUACAGCAGCCAUUGAUGCUUAUUGUUCCUGAUAUACUAGAUGUCUAUACUCCUCUGCAAACUGAUGUUAUUGUUCCGCUUUCUGAGUGUCGUCAACAUUUAGAGGUAUUACUGGAAAGUAUUCCAAGCAUGUUUCAGAAUAGUAGAACAGCUGAAUCUGCAUUUGGUGCUGCAAUCAAGGCAGUUUUUUUGGCAAUGAAGAGCACUGGAGGGAAGCUUUUGGUAUUUCAAUCAGUGUUGCCAUCAGUUGGCAUUGGAGCUCUUUCAGCUAGAGAGGCUGAGGGAAGAAGUAACAUUUCUGCUGGGGAGAAGGAGGCCCACAAAUUACUCCAACCAGCAGACAAAACUUUGAAGGAACUGGCAAUUGAAUUUGCUGAGUUUCAGGUCUGUGUUGAUGUAUUUAUCACUACCCAGACAUAUGUGGACAUUGCGUCUAUCUCUGUCAUCCCAAAAACAACUGGAGGACAGGUUUAUUAUUAUUAUCCCUUCUCGGCUCUUUCUGAUCCUGCAAAGCUUUACAAUGAUCUUAGAUGGAAUGUCACAAGGCCUCAAGGUUUUGAGGCAGUGAUGCGUGUGAGAUGCAGCCAGGGUAUUCAAGUUCAACAAUACCAUGGAAACUUUUGUAAACGCAUUCCAACAGAUGUUGAUCUACCUGGGAUUGACUGUGAUAAAACUAUAAUGGUGACGUUGAAACAUGAUGACAAAUUGCAGGAUGGCACAGAGUGUGCCUUUCAGUGUGCCCUUCUUUACACCACGGUGUAUGGCCAAAGAAGAAUUCGUGUCACAACAUUAUCAUUGCCAUGCACAAAUAAUUUAAGUAAUUUGUUCCGCAUGGCUGAUUUGGACACUCAAUUUGUAUGCUUCUUGAAGCAAGCGGCAAAUGAGAUUCCUUCUACCCCACCAUUGAAUCUCCGGGAACAAGUUACAAAUUUUUGUAUAAACAUUUUGCUUUCAUAUCGUAAAUUUUGUGCGACAGUAUCAUCAUCAGGACAACUUAUUCUUCCAGAAGCACUUAAACUUCUACCUCUAUACACCCUUGCAUUGAUUAAAAGCACAGGACUGCGAAUUGAUGGGAGAGUAGAUGAUCGGUCCUUUUGGAUUACUUAUGUUUCCUCAGUUUCUACCCCUUCUGCAAUUCCACUAGUGCACCCAAGGAUGAUUGCUAUCCAUGACCUUGAUACACAGGAAGGAAAUGAAUCUCUUAUUCCCCAUUCAAUCCCUCUUUCUAGUGAUCAUGUGAGUGAUGAUGGAAUUUUUCUCCUUGAGAAUGGUCAAGAAGGUUUAAUGUACAUUGGGAGCUCAGUUGAUUCAAACAUCUUGCAACAGCUGUUUGGCAUUUCCUCUGUUGAUGAAAUCAGGACCCAGUUUUUCCUGCAGCAAUAUGACAAUCCAUUAUCAAAGAAGUUAAAUGAUGUCACAAAUGAGAUACGGCGCCGAAGAUGUUCUUACCUGCGCUUAAAAUUGUGCAAGAAAGGAGAUCCAUCAGGACUGUCAUUUUUUUCGUGUUUGAUCGAAGACAAAGUUCCAACUGGUGGUCUUUCUUAUGUUGAGUUUCUGGUGCAUGUCCAUCGGCAAAUUCAAAUGAAAAUGUCUUCAUAAUUUUGUGCUUCUUCAGUUGAGUCUACAAGAUUUGACGCAGAACUGGAUUUCAAAGAAAAGAACAAAGGGUUCUAUGAUUGAAUAUGAUCUCUGGAGACAGCAACACCCUUUAUUUAUUUGUAUAAAACAAAUUUUGCCAUUAGAGUUUGUUAGUAUGGUUCUAUAUUCACAGCUGUGAAUGGUGUAAUAAGGUACAAAGCUUUCAUUGUCCGUCCCUUCUCUGCUUUGUUGUUUUACUCCUUCCUCAUCCUUCCUUGGUUCUUUUUCUUCUCUUGCUCCCAUGACUACUGUAAGAAUCUGUACACCUGUUGAACUUGUUUCCUAGUUGGCUAUACUUGUUAGUAUGGUUUCUAUACGAGGGUUUUGAGGAGAAAAAUCACUACAAGAAUCCCCACAAUGGAGGGGAAUAAAGGUAAAACAAUAUUUGUAUUUUUA